AACGACCGAGCCGAGCAGGCUGAACUGUCUCCAAUGUCUCCAUACGGGUCGCGACAUUGUCCGCGUUCUUCCUCGCGGCGCGGUUCGUGGAAUCGUUGGUGUGGAACGGAGGAUGGGACGGCGACCCGUAGUAGUGGCAUUUGGCACGGGAGGAAGAGAGAGAGAGCAUAGUAUGUAUAUACGUACGUACCACACAUAUCCACCAGCUACCUACGAUUUCGAGCCGCGAGCGAUUGACAGGGCACUCGCCGCUGCACUCGAUGCACCGACGACCAAUGAGGUGCGCCGGCCGGGCAACGGCCCGCCGUCGGAUUGGCCGCCGACACACCGCGGGCUCCUACGUGCCUCUCGCGCGAUUUAAUUUCCCGCGGUAGGUGGUGGCGGGGAGUAGGCAAGUAAGGCGAGGGGCGGUAGGGAAGAGUAGCCUGAGUGGCGCGAGAGAGCCAGCCGUGGACUCGAGAGGCGAGAGAGCGUCAGUGUUAGCGUCAGCGUCAGCGUCCACUGCCAUCCCAUCCCAUCGGAGUUCGGAGUUCGGAGUGUGCGAGGAAACGGAUAGUGUAUCUAGUUCGCUUCUCUUCGCGUCCCCGCUCGUGCCCGAUAACUCGCCUCAGGUUGAAUCAUGGCGCGUACCAAGCAAACGGCCCGUAAGUCAACAGGAGGAAAAGCUCCCCGUAAGCAGCUCGCGACGAAGGCGGCCAGGAAGAGCGCUCCGUCCACCGGUGGCGUGAAGAAGCCGCAUCGUUACAGGCCCGGUACCGUGGCUCUUCGAGAAAUUCGAAGAUACCAGAAGUCGACUGAGCUGCUGAUCAGGAAAUUGCCGUUCCAGCGGCUGGUUCGUGAAAUCGCGCAGGAUUUCAAGACCGAUCUGCGUUUCCAGAGCGCCGCCAUCGGCGCUCUCCAGGAAGCGUCUGAGGCGUACCUCGUUGGUCUCUUCGAGGACACCAAUCUGUGCGCGAUCCACGCAAAGCGCGUCACGAUCAUGCCUAAAGACAUCCAGCUGGCCCGACGAAUCCGUGGCGAGCGUGCUUAAGAGACGCUAUGUAACUCGCAUACAUACCGUUCAUUACGACCAUUAUUAUUACUAUUAUUAUUAUUAUUAUUAAUUAUUAUCAUUAAUUAUCGUUCGCAAUCGUCAUGGAUGAAGCACUUUCAUUCCAAGCUCUAUUAUAUUGUUUUACUUUUGCAUAGAGAUACGCGCAGUAGUAUUAUCCCUCCAGUGAUCAUCCUCAUUUUCAAACCUUACUGAAAUUCAUUUUAACGCUGGCUGACUAAUUUACUGAAAGAGUAGUGGCCGUGUUCAAGUUGGCAAAGCAGCUAGGCAAAGUUUGUUCGCUAAGCGGACGUGAUUGAUAGAUUCAAUCGAUUACAUUCAUUUCGACGAGCAGGCCGAAUGUUGUUUCGUCCGGCUUGAACACGGCCAGUGAUGAAUUAUUUGUUUUGAGUGUUAAAAGCACUCUUGUUCAGUGUUUUUAACAUUCAAAAUAAAUAAUUAAUCAUCACCUUUCGGUAUUAAAUUUCUGUAAGACACGAAUUUCGAUUGUCGACUUCGCAAUACGCAAAUUAGCCACUUUUAUUUUCUCUUUUCCCCCUUUUCUUCGAAACGCGAAGCACUUGACACGGCUUUUUGGUUUACGCUUACUGGGAUAUUCACGAAUUUAUGCAAUUUAAUUUACGCGCCGACAAUUUUGUUAAAUAAUUUUGGUUAGACACUAUUCAUUAGCGUUCCUUUUCCCCUCGCAAUUUACCGUCUUCUUUUCGUCAUUAAUGUUACACAUAACAAAUCAUUAUAUCAUUAUUAGUAUUUGAAGAAAAAAAAAGUGUGCAUUAGAUUAAGACAUCCUCAUAGCGACAUCCCGAUAUAGCUUAACGUAUUAGAUCUCUGAUUGUACUCGAAUUACAUUAAAUCAUUUUGAUCACUUAAGCAUUGUGUAAAAAUUUG